AUGAAUGCUGGCAUCCUAGCGCGAACUACGGCAUCUACGAAUAUGAAUGCCACAAGUUCGCGGGCGCACACGAUAUUCCAAAUUAUUGUUACGCAAUCGGAAGUAAAUCCAUCUACCGGGAAGAUGAUGGACAAAGUGAGCCGGAUCAAUCUUAUAGAUCUUGCCGGAAGUGAGCGGGCUGCCAGUACUGGAGCGACUGGGUCUCGGUUGAAGGAGGGUGCUGCUAUCAACCAGUCACUGUCUGCGUUAGGGAACUGCAUUUCUGCAUUGGCAGACCUUGCGAAUGGCAAAAAGGUGCUAGUGCCGUAUCGAAACUCGAAACUUACUCACCUUCUCAAGGAUUCUCUGGGUGGUAAUUCGAAGACAAUCAUGAUCGCAGCAUUAAGCCCUGCUAGUGUGAAUUACUCGGAAACGUUGGGAACUCUGCGCUACGCUGACAGGGCAAAGCAAAUUAAAAACAAGGCUAUCGUGAACGAAGACCCGAACCAGAUUCUCAUUCGACAGCUGAAAGAGGAGCUUGAAAUGCUGCGCAAGUCGAUGAUGGAAAACAUGGAUGCUCGACCACCAUCCAGAGGAAUGGCGAGUGGUAGUGGGUCAGACGGCGAUUUGGGUGCAUCGGGAACUCCGCGAAUAAACACGGCACGAGAGCGAGAGCUAGCUGCCAUUCGCGAGCAGCUUGAGGAGAACCAACGCUUGCUCCAAGAAAGCGAGAAAACGUGGAAUGAGAGGCUCAAAGAAACCGAGGAGCUUGCCAGAAAGCGUGAAGAACAGCUAAAGGUUCUUGGACUUGUAAGUGACUCAAACGAGUUGAAGGAAAAGGCGAUGAAGAAUCCACAUCUUCUCAACCUAAACGAAGACCAGCAGAUGUCCGAGAAGUUGGUAUACUUUCUCAAUGCGGGUAUCAACAAGGUUGGCCGCAUCGACGCAGAAGAAGAGCAAAAUAUCGUCGUUGGUGGUCUUGGCAUCAUGAAAGAACACUGUAUGAUCACACGGCGGGAGCAGAAGAAGUUGGUUGAAGAAGGCACGAUAGAAGAAGAGGGUGAUUCCCAACCAGAACACUUGGCACUGUUUGUUACGGCUUGUCGUGGAGCGAAGGUAUUCGUGAAUGCAGAGCCGCUGAAAGAAGGAGAGGAGGUGGAGCUACAUCACUGUGAUCGAUUAAUCUUGGGCAACUCGAACGUCUUCCGGGUUGUUAUUCCCUCGGCUCGGCCAGAAAAUCCUACACCCGAUGAUCUAGCUCAUGAAUCAAGGUUCGAUUGGCAAUGCGCAAUGAAGGAACUAAACAGCAAGCAAAUCAAAGCCACAUUGGAAGCCGAAGCGCUGGCUGAAAGGGAGAAGCGCGAGAUGGAUGCGCGGAUGAAAAAAAUGGAGAAGAUGAUGCAAACAGAGCAGAAGCUCGCUGAAGAGAAGCUGGGGAAACAGAGGGAGGAGUGGGAGCUGUAUGUUCGGGCCUUGAACGAGCAAAUGAAAGUGAAGGAACUCGAGAUCAAGAACCAAAUGCAAACUGAAGGAGAUAACGACAAGAAAAAACUUGCAGAGCAGUUGGCCCAGCAGGAGUCAAAACUUGCUGAAGAGCUAGUAAAGGCGGAAAUUCUGUUUGAAAAGAAGCAACAGGAGCUGGUGGAGCGCCAAAAAGAGCUGGAGGUCUCACUUCAGAAGCAGAUGAGGGAAGCAAAGGUGCUCGGGUCGCAGAAGGAGAGAGAACGCGUCGAGCGAGCAAAAUUUGAUGAUCAACUACUGCAAUCCAUUCCGCUCGUGAACGAAGCAAACUCAAUCGCGGAUGAACUUCAGAAGGAAACGCUGUUUACACUGCGUCUCAUCACUUGCGGCCCAGUUCCCUCAGCUCUUGCAGGAACAGCCCAAACUCUAGAAGACGAAGAGCUCGCGAUCAGUAACGGAAUCAGCGCCGAGUUGAAAGUGGAGGUAAACUUUCAAGAGGCAGGCACAUUCCGCAGCGUAAUGUGGGACAUCGAACAAUUCCACGCCAACGUCUACGUGAUGCGUGAAAUGUACCAAACAUUUAUCGAGCACAACCGUUCACCAGCCUACGUGGAUACCUGGAAAAGUAUCUACGGUGAUGACUGCGACCCGUUCUACGAUCCCCCUCGCCCCCAGUUGAUCGGCAAAAGUUUUGUUUUUCUCCGGAAUAUCGUGUUUGGCUGCAAGAUCAACGAGACGACGCCUAUCUUCAAUCACUUGGGUGGAACCAGUGGAAAUCUCAAGUGUGAGAUCACACCGACUAUUUUGUCUCAUGAAUGGCAAGCGUGCCAGCAUCGGCUAGUGGAGACGUGUCCAGAGGACGUGGGCGCACUUACUCUUCCCACACUUUCGAGCUUCAUCGGAUCAAAUCUGCGGCUAAAUAUCUUCAUCGAAGGGCUCCGCGGUAUCCCAGGCAAGCUGUGUAAAGAUGCUUAUGUAAGCUUUACCUGGUCCGGGGCCAACGGAGAACAAGAGGGACCAACGGAACACAAGUCAACUCCAACGUCUUCGCCAUCCGUGGACCCCCAACUGGAAUUUCACGUCGUGGUCGAGCAACCGAUAACCUCCGAGCUGGUAGCGUUUCUUCAAAACUCGCCUUUGGAAUUUAGCGUCUUCGGGAUUGUACCAAGCAGCAAUCUCAACAAAGUGGCUUCGUAUGCUGUCGAUCUCAAGAACACUUCAUCUUCUGCGGAUCUGCUGGACGGGGAUGGCUCAGUGCAAUUCUACAACGCUGAUGCGAACGGCAGAAACACUCUUCUCAGUAAAAAGAAGUCGAUGCGGCGUCGUAAGGGGAAAGCGAUGGAUGAGGAUAACGUGGACGCAACUAUGCAGCAGUACCGAGAGCAACUCGCAGUGCAGGAGAAAACGCUGGCAGAGAAUACACUGGAGCUGGAACACAAAACGCAAGAAGUGAUCAGUCUCCAGCAGUACCUCGACUUUGAGCGAACUCAAAACGCGGAUCUGCGUCAUGCACUGGAAAGCCUCGAGCGAACCAACAAAUUUCACCGCGAUCGCCCGAAGACCGCAGGAAGAAGGAGGUCUCGAGCUGAAAUGGAUCGCAAUCGCACCCAUGCCCUCAACUUGGACAUCACGCUAGGUAGUCAGCGCAGUGUACGAGCUGAUGACUAUUCCAUGGCGACGGCUACUAUGAGUCGAGUGACGACUUUCCCUGCCAACAAACGUAGGAAGAGUGACUGCACUGUAAUGUAA